AUGUCGGUCAACGUACGCCCGAAGUCCGUGUCUAACCAAGUCCGUGCGACUCGCCUCGAGCUUGUCGAUCGCCUCGAGAAACAAUUGGCAAAUGCCAAGCAAUGGUAUGACUUUGACCGCCCUCGAGACUACCGCAAAGCACGAGCAGAAGGCACUCAUGGGUUUGAUCGUCCACAACUCAAUGACCAAGCCCGUCUGGUUUAUACCACCGGGCGCGACGGACAGAAGAUUGAACUCCGGGUGAUCGAACCGCCUGGUCCGUCCAAAGGCGUUUUCCUACACUUCCAUGCCGGUGGCUUCGUCAUUGGGGGCAACGCCUCUUACGAUGGGUACUUGACGCGACUGUCCGAAGCAUCCGGCCUGACCGUGGCGUCUGUCGAGUACCGACUCGCGCCGGAGCAUCCAUUCCCCGCAGGCCGCGACGACUGCGUAGACGCGGCGCUUUUUGCUCUUUCUGCUCAGGGCGUCAGUCUUCUUGGAGCUCCCCUACGAGUACUCGGUGGAGAGUCGGCUGGUGCUUGGUUCGCUUUGGCGGUGGCCCUAGAAUUGCGGGACAAGCAUCAAAUCGACGUCAAGUCACAAAUCGCUGCAAUUUGUGCAGGCUAUGGGAUAUACGACCUCACCUACACGCCUUCCUUGCUUUCGCACAAGAGGAACAUAGUCAUCAGUCGCGAGAUCAUGAUGAAGUUUUGUGAGGCGGCUUUCGGUCAUAUCCCGUUCUGUGAUAGGAAAAGACCUGAUAUAUCCCUGUUGUAUGCUGACUUGGGUAACCUGCCGCCAGCGCAUUUUCUUGUCGGAAGUACUGAGCCACUGCUCGAUGAUAGCAUUUUCAUGGCUGCCAAGUGGGUUAACGCUGGGAGCGAAGCUGUUCUACAUGUUGUUGAGGGUGCUUGCCAUGCCUUUACGCUAUUUCCACUGGGUGAGGUUACCGAUGCAGGGGUUCAAUCAGUUGUGGAAUUUUUACGAGUGCAAUUGCAAAGGUUCACUACGUCAAUACCUGUGGCCAAUAGAUUUUAG